AUGGCUUCAUACUACUUAAGUAUACAAGGUUCAAGCGUUCCAUCAGAGCAAGCAUUCUCAAUGGCUGCUUAUGUAAUUACUAAGAUACGUUGCAAUUUAAAACCAGAAUCAGCUCGUGCU